GUAAAGAUAAACUACAGUAACUACAGAUAGCUCUGGAAGUUUUCUUGAUGGAUUGAUUUCAAACCCGUUCAUUGUGUUACUGGGAGUGAAUCCUGCAGCUUUACCACGAUGGCUCUGACUGUUACGGUGCUGAACAGUGCUGGCUUACAUGGCCGAUGCUGCAGGCACAAAGUUUUGCACCCCUUGCUUGGAUCUCUCCUCGUUGAUUCCACGUCAAAAUUGUAUAGCAGUUACAGGAGGCCAGGGUCACAGCCUGAGAAAACACCAUCUUGGCAAAAGGUUGACUUCAGUUUUAAGAAGAGCAUCGAUGCCUUAAAGACUCAGCUAAGUUUGCUAAAGAAGGAGACCAAAGAUCACUUGAGAGGACCCGAAGGCCGUCGGUUUGAUCAGUAUCUGUUGCAACAGACGAAGGUGAUGUGGGAGUUUCGGAGCCAGGAAGAUUUAAAUAAAUGGGUUGUUUCCUCUGAUGUAGAGAUUGGAGGAAAAAGCGAAGUUUACCUAAAACUGGGUAGGAAUAACCAGGCUGCUCUGCUGUAUGGAACUCUCAAUACUGAAGUACCUCGCGAUGGGGAGACAAAAUACAGUGGAUAUUGUAGCAUGAGAGCCAAACCACCAGUGGGAUCCUUUGCUAGGAAGAAGUAUUACGACUGGUCAAACUUCAACAGCCUGCAUUUACGCGUCCGUGGUGAUGGCAGACCUUGGAUGGUAAACAUUUAUACAGACCCUUACUUCUCUCAUCACAAGGACGAUCUGUACAACUACUUCAUGUUCACCCGAGGAGGGCCAUACUGGGAGGAAAUAAGGAUUCCAUUCUCCAAAUUCUUUCUCUCCAGUCGAGGAAGAGUCCAGGAUAACCAGCAUCCUAUCUGGUUAGACAAGGUUAGUACCCUCGGAUUCACCCUGGGAGAUAAAGUAGAUGGCCCAUUCCAGCUGGAGAUUGAUUUUAUUGGCCUGCUAAAUGACAGAGCUCAUACAGAAGAAUUCGCCUAUGAAAUAUAUGAUAGGAAUCCUCAAAUUUAAAUUGGUCAUGUCCUUUGGAACAUUCUUCAGCUGCCUACUUAAUUUUUAUAGAAUACUUCAAGUGUGGAUUCUAACAACUUGAAGAUUAACAUUUAAAAGUUAAGUGCAUUGACUGUUGUAGUCUGACUAGACCAAAACUGUUAGUAUCUUUAAGAAGCCGAAUACAGAAUCCAUGCGACUGCACGUAGACAGCCUGAGGGGAGCUGCAAUACAUGUUCACAGAGUAGUAACUAUUGACUGGCUGAAUUUUGACUUCUGACCUGACCUUCACAGAAAUAAAAAUGCCAUUAAUGCAUUGUUGUUUCUCAGUACACAACAAUUUCAUUUUAUAUUGCGUUGUUUAUAGACUCAAGUAUUUUACAACUGUAUAGUUCUAAUACAACUGUAUAGUUUUAAACUGGAAAAACUAUGCUGGGAAUUAAUACAGUGAAGAACAGUGGUUAAAGGAUGAACCUUACAGAGAGCAGGACCAGAAGUAUUUCAACCUUUAGCUUUUGGCUCCUGUGAAUGACUAAAAAAAGAAAAAGCUGCUGCCGCUGCCAAGAUUGAAACAGUAGCUAUGAACUGGAGUUAGCUCUUAUUUUAGAGCUGUUGACGAUAGCCUUAUGCCUUUAGCUCUACAACACUGAAAACUUCAGUGGUGGUUUGAGGGGAAGCCCCUGGUAGUGUUUAUUGCCUGAAAACUCAUACCCUAGCUUAAUUAGCACCAUUACUGGGGAGCAGGCAGUGGGUAAGAGAAGAUGAUGUUUUUCUGAUGUGUAUUGUAGAAUUUUUUUUUGAGAAGUCUGAUUUUCAAUAACUUAAACACUCUUAAAGAACAAUUGCUGAAUAUUUGUUUCAGAUGUCAGAAGCAGCCUAAUCAAAGCUUUGACAUCCUUCAGAGUUUCCUUGUUACUUAAACAUACCUUAAAAAUACUAAACAUAGCUCUAGUGUAUGUGGAAGAGACCACAAACAUGCAAGCUGAAGUUGUCUUGUACUAUCCUUUUCCUCUUGCACAGAAUUAGAUCAUUUAAGAGCAGAAGAGUGGUAACAUUUAUCCUUUCUAAAGGUAUCAGACACACAUGCAUUCAAGAAGGGGUAGGCAUGCAAAUCAGUAAGGAAAACUAGUCACUUACAGAAAGAGACACUGAGCAAUAAAUGGAAAUGUGAACUAAACAUGCUACAUGAAGGAGGUAGUUAUACACAGUAGAUCAUAUAACUAGCAAGAUAUGUACAAAAUAUUUAUUUCCCCCAUUAACUUUAUAAAAAAAUGAGCUUGACAUUUCAGUAUAUUUGAUAUGACAAUACUAAAUUCAUUUAAGUAUUUUCUUGCUAGAAUAGCUGAGAUUACAACUGCUACAUUACCUUUCCAGUCACUGUUUCAUCCAUAACAAAUCCAGACAGCUUUUCUUUUUUUUUUUUUUUAAAGUAACAUCAGUUUUUGAAUAUAAGGCAUUGAGCGUUCUUCAGCACUACAUUAACAUCCUUUAAGCAUCACAGAGAACAAAAAAAAAAAACCAACAUCUGCUAUUUACCAUAGAAAGGAACAAAGCCAAACUUAACUGUUCAAAGCACAAAGCUGUUAACUUGAAAAGCCACUUUUCAAUUGUGACCCUUUUUUAAAAAAAAAAGGUAUUUCACAAUUAUACUAUGCUGUAAGCUUUGUAGCUUUCCAGAAAGCAUGAAUACUUUUUAUUCUGGAAAUUCCCUACUAUUUCACAGAGCUGCAGUUAGGAAUACAGAACAAUUGGCUCUACCAGUUGCUACAGGAUUUAAAGACUGAUUUGGAGAACAGGGCAUGCAGAUACUCCUUCAGUUUACCAGUGGAGUAUUUUAAUAUUUGCAAUUCAAAGCAUGCACUCCAGUGGGUAAUAAAUGCAUCCUGGUGGAGAAGUCUAUACUGAAUCAUAAGCAGGCUCCUUGAGCAUCUCUUUUCCACUUACAUUUUCUGCUUUAACACUUUUUAGUUAAGGGGGUUAUUUAAAUUAAAUUAUUAAGUUCUAAAGUCCUAAAAAGUUAGAACUCUCAUCUCAUUGGAGAAGUUGAUCAUGAAAACCUUAUGCUCAGAUGCAUUAUAAGGUCUCAUUCAAAGCUCUCUGGAUUCUACUAAUAAGCAACCUGACCUAUAAAGUACAGACAAUACAAAUAUUUACAUGAGAGGGACAGUAUUUACAGUCAGAUCCUGGCUAUUUCUGAUUCUUUUUAACCUACAGAUAAUCCUCUACGGUUUCCAAGAACCUGAGCUUUUUUCUUUUUUCUCUCCUGCUCAUGCUUCUCCCGCCUUUCUUCCCUGAAGGAAAAAAAAAGAAAAGAGACCAUAUCAAAUUAUGUUAAAGGCAGAGACGCAAGCAACCCAAGGAAUAUGAAGGUGACCAAGGCUUGACACCUAUUUAACUAAUGUGCUGCAUUAGCCAUGCGCAAAGAGAACAGUUCCAUUUUGAAUCAAAUCUAAACAGACUAGUACUUCUGUUUAACAUGUCUAACAUUCAAGGUAUCAACUUGUCAAUAUUCAUUUUCUUCUGAGAUGAAGGCAAGUAUCCAAAUACUAGAAUUGGAAGCUCUCGUACAAUAAAAAUCUAUCAGAUUCACAGUU